UGAUGAGGCCUUUUUCAGCAAGGAGACUCUGAAGGUCUCGAUAAAGAAGGGCACCUCUAUCUUGGCCGCUACCAUCAACCCCAUGGAGCAUAUGAGAGGAUUGACGCCUUCGAGCGAUAGGUCUCUGCUCGCCAGAAUGAAGGAUGACAUCCUCGAGUCCAGGAUCCUUCUGAACAGUGCCUUUAGCUAUAUCGGCCUCAGUGAGCACCUCCGGAGGGUCGAGCAGCUGAGGAAGGCCAAGAUUGUUGCGGACGAGGCCCUGCAAAAGUCCGAUGAGGAGAAUGCCAACCUCCAGAAGAAGCUGGCAGAUGUUGAGGAGACCCUCCGGUUGGCGACGGAGGGCAUUGAUUAAAGGCAGGAGGCUGUCGAGGCCAAGGGCAAGGCUGAGGCUGAGAAGAUCAUCGGGGGGUCUGCCCAAGCUGCUGAAAAGGCCAAGAUCGAGGACGUGGUCGAGGCUGGAAAGAUUGUCGUGGAUGCCUUCGUUGCUGAGGGUUAAAGAGCAG